AGGUAACAGCGCAAAACAAACAGUUUAGUCGACGGCAGUCUAUUAGAGAAGACAUUUUUAAAUCUAUUCACUCAAAGCUAGUUUUUAAAAAGUUUACAUACCUUUCAAAACUCUUAAUAAUAAUAUAUUAUAUAUAAAAUGGCAAAGAAAGUUGGAGGAGACUCGGCCGAACUCAACUACGACAUGAACUAUAAUUUGUUUCUUUUGAAGACUUCUAUGCAGAACUUGAAAACAGCACAGGAAAAACACAACGUGAACCGUUGGGUGCACAAGCUGUUGGCGAGCAAUAAGACGGUCGCCGAGAUGAAGCUCCGGAACGAUUUCAUGUUCCACCUGGUAACGGCCGUCCAGGAGGGCGAGAUCAAAGCACCUUUCAACCAGUAUCCGCCGUCGUUACCGCUCAGCAGUCUGACGUACCUGCUGACCGGCAGCUCACCCAGUUCUAGCGGCAAGGACGGGAAAAAAGGUGCUGGCGCUUGGGAGUGUGACCAGUCCAGCGAAGACACGGAAAAGCCCAUGUUGUACAGACAAUCGCCCGACGGCGGAGCCUUUUUAGCCGCACAGCCUGUGCCAAAGUGUGGCGCGUUCUGUUACUUGGCCGUUGUCAGCAAGCCACCGGCAAAAGACGACAAGCCCAAGCUAUAA